CCCUCCUCAUCGGCGCUAAGCCUCCUCCCCUGCUGCCAGUACAGUACAAGUCGGCCGCGCGCGCGAGCGCGCGAGCGCGCGCGGACCCUGCCACUGCCACUGCAGCUACCAUGGAUAUCAGCUAACAACACACACUCAGGCGCGCGCGCGCUCCCACUCGCACCACGCAGGAGUGGCCCCCGGCAUCCCUACUCUCCUUCCCCACCCCCACUCCACCCGCUCACCAGCUCGGCUACUGCUCGCUCAGGCUGCCGCUGCCGCCGCCGCCGCCGCCACCACCACAGCUCUCCUCUGCUGCGGGGCCACAGCCUUGAGUGUCAUUCAAGGGACAGCACAACCUCACCCAAGCUCUCCUACCUCUGCCCAGCCGUCCCUGUCAUCCUCCCCCUUCCUCGACCACACUCCAUCCAAAGAAGAGGGAAAGCACCGAACAGAGAGGGGAGGAAGGCAAAGUCUGCUCUCCUCACCUCUUGGCCCCCUGGCUCCUCCAGCCUCAUUCUCUCAGCACCAACUCCCCUACCCCAAAGGAAUCCCUCGGGAGCUGAGGCGACUCACCCCACUGCCAUGUCCAAAAGCUUGAAAAAGAAAAGCCACUGGACUAGCAAAGUCCAUGAGAGUGUCAUUGGCAGGAACCCGGAGGGUCAGCUGGGUUUUGAACUGAAGGGGGGCGCCGAGAAUGGACAGUUCCCCUACCUGGGAGAGGUGAAGCCGGGCAAGGUGGCCUAUGAGAGCGGAAGCAAGUUGGUGUCUGAGGAACUGCUGUUGGAAGUGAACGAGACCCCCGUGGCGGGGCUCACCAUCAGGGACGUGCUGGCCGUGAUCAAACACUGCAAGGACCCCCUCCGGCUCAAGUGUGUCAAGCAAGGAGGAAUUGUUGAUAAGGAUCUUCGUCACUACCUCAACUUACGAUUUCAGAAGGGUUCUGUGGACCAUGAACUUCAGCAAAUUAUUCGUGACAACCUCUACCUCCGCACCGUGCCAUGCACCACAAGGCCACAUAAGGAGGGUGAGGUCCCUGGAGUGGACUAUAUUUUCAUCACUGUUGAAGAUUUUAUGGAAUUGGAGAAAAGUGGUGCUCUCCUAGAAAGUGGGACUUAUGAAGACAAUUACUACGGUACCCCAAAGCCUCCAGCAGAACCAGCACCAUUAUUAUUAAAUGUAACAGACCAGAUACUUCCUGGAGCCACUCCAAGUGCUGAAGGAAAACGAAAGAGGAAUAAAUCAGUGAGCAACAUGGAGAAAGCAAGCAUAGAGCCUCCUGAGGAGGAAGAGGAAGAGAGGCCUGUGGUCAAUGGAAAUGGAGUAGUAGUAACACCAGAAUCCAGUGAACCUGAAGACAAGAGUGUAGGUGCCUCAGGGGAGACACCCUCCCAGCCUUAUCCUGCACCAGUGUACAGUCAGCCUGAGGAGGUGAAGGAGCAGAUGGAUGAUGCGAAACCAGCUAAACCUGAGGAGAAUGAGGACUCAGACCCAUUGCCUGACAACUGGGAAAUGGCUUAUACAGAGAAGGGUGAAGUCUACUUCAUUGACCAUAACACAAAGACAACAUCAUGGCUGGAUCCACGACUUGCGAAAAAGGCUAAGCCUCCAGAAGAGUGCAAAGAAAAUGAGCUUCCAUAUGGCUGGGAAAAAAUCGAUGAUCCCAUAUAUGGCACUUAUUAUGUUGACCACAUAAAUAGAAGAACACAGUUUGAAAACCCUGUCCUGGAAGCAAAAAGGAAGCUACAGCAGCAUAACAUGCCCCACACAGAACUUGGAACAAAGCCCUUGCAGGCCCCAGGUUUCCGAGAAAAGCCACUCUUUACCCGGGAUGCCUCCCAAUUGAAGGGAACGUUUCUCAGCACUACACUCAAAAAGAGCAACAUGGGGUUUGGAUUUACCAUCAUUGGCGGAGACGAGCCUGACGAGUUUCUGCAGGUGAAAAGCGUGAUUCCCGAUGGGCCUGCAGCACAAGACGGGAAAAUGGAAACAGGUGAUGUCAUUGUCUAUAUUAAUGAAGUUUGUGUCCUUGGACACACUCAUGCAGAUGUAGUCAAACUUUUCCAGUCUGUUCCUAUUGGUCAGAGUGUCAACUUGGUAUUGUGUCGUGGCUACCCUUUGCCCUUUGAUCCUGAAGAUCCUGCUAACAGCAUGGUGCCACCCCUUGCAAUAAUGGAGAGGCCACCUCCAGUGAUGGUCAAUGGAAGACAUAACUAUGAAACAUAUUUGGAAUACAUUUCUCGGACCUCACAGUCGGUUCCAGAUAUAACAGAUCGGCCGCCUCAUACUUUGCACUCAAUGCCAGCUGAUGGUCAGCUAGAUGGCACGUAUCCACCACCUGUCCAUGACGACAAUGUAUCUAUGGCUUCAUCUGGGGCCACCCAAGCUGAACUUAUGACCUUAACCAUUGUGAAAGGUGCCCAGGGUUUUGGCUUCACCAUUGCAGACAGUCCUACAGGACAGCGGGUGAAACAAAUACUUGACAUUCAGGGAUGCCCUGGCCUGUGUGAAGGCGACCUCAUUAUUGAGAUCAACCAGCAGAAUGUACAGAACCUGAGCCAUACGGAAGUAGUGGAUAUACUUAAGGACUGUCCCAUUGGAAGCGAGACUUCUUUGAUUAUUCAUCGAGGAGGUUUCUUUUCUCCAUGGAAAACCCCAAAGCCUAUAAUGGACCGAUGGGAGAACCAAGGCAGUCCUCAGACGAGUUUAUCUGCUCCGGCCAUACCACAGAACCUGCCCUUCCCGCCCGCCCUUCACAGGAGUUCCUUUCCUGACUCAACAGAGGCCUUUGACCCAAGGAAGCCUGACCCAUAUGAGCUCUACGAGAAAUCGAGAGCCAUUUAUGAAAGUAGGCAACAAGUGCCACCAAGGACCAGUUUUCGAAUGGAUUCUUCUGGUCCAGAUUAUAAGGAGCUGGAUGUUCACCUUCGCAGGAUGGAGUCUGGAUUUGGCUUCAGAAUCCUCGGGGGAGAUGAGCCUGGACAGCCUAUUUUGAUUGGCGCCGUCAUCGCCAUGGGCUCAGCUGACAGAGAUGGCCGCCUACACCCAGGAGAUGAGCUCGUCUAUGUGGAUGGAAUUCCAGUGGCUGGAAAGACCCACCGCUAUGUCAUUGACCUUAUGCACCAUGCAGCCCGGAAUGGGCAGGUCAACCUCACUGUGAGAAGAAAGGUGCUAUGUGGAGGGGAGCCCUGCCCAGAGAAUGGGAGGAGUCCAGGCUCCGUGUCGACCCACCACAGUUCUCCUCGCAGUGACUACGCAACCUACACCAACACCUACAGCAACAGUAACCAUGCCGUCCCCACCAGCAACGCCUCUCCCCCUGAAGGCUUCGCCUCCCACAGCCUGCAGACCAGCGACGUGGUCAUUCACCGCAAAGAGAAUGAGGGUUUCGGCUUUGUCAUCAUCAGCUCCCUGAACAGGCCAGAGUCUGGAUCCACUAUAACUGUGCCACAUAAAAUCGGACGCAUCAUUGAUGGGAGUCCCGCAGAUCGCUGCGCAAAGCUAAAAGUGGGAGACCGGAUCUUGGCGGUGAACGGCCAGUCUAUCAUCAACAUGCCUCAUGCAGACAUCGUGAAGCUCAUCAAGGAUGCGGGUCUUAGUGUCACCCUUCGCAUCAUUCCUCAGGAGGAACUCAACAGCCCCGCUUCAGCACCCAGCUCAGAGAAGCAGAGCCCCAUGGCCCAGCAGCACAGCCCCCUGGCCCAACAGAGUCCUCUGGCCCAGCCCAGCCCGGCCACCCCCAACAGUCCCAUUGCCCAGCCAGCUCCGCCUCAGCCACUUCAGCCUCAAGGACAUGAAAAUAGUUACAGGUCAGAAGUAAAAGCAAGGCAAGAUGUGAAACCAGACAUCCGACAGCCUCCAUUCACGGACUACAGGCAGCCUCCACUGGACUACAGGCAACCCCCAGGAGGGGACUACCCGCAGCCCCCGCCCUUGGACUACAGGCAGCCUCCGCUAUUGGACUACAGGCAGCACUCCCCAGACACCAGGCAGUUCCCUCUGUCAGACUACAGGCAGCCCCAGGAUUUUGAUUAUUUCACUGUGGACAUGGAGAAAGGAGCCAAAGGAUUUGGAUUCAGCAUUCGUGGAGGAAGGGAGUACAAAAUGGAUUUGUAUGUGCUGAGAUUAGCAGAAGAUGGGCCAGCAAUAAGGAAUGGAAGGAUGAGGGUAGGAGAUCAGAUCAUUGAAAUCAAUGGGGAGAGCACAAGAGACAUGACCCACGCCAGAGCAAUAGAGCUCAUCAAAUCAGGCGGAAGGAGAGUGAGGCUACUGCUGAAGCGCGGGACGGGACAGGUCCCAGAGUAUGACGAACCCGGCUCCUGGAGUGCUCCCGCUGCCGCCUCCCCAGGUCUGCCGGAAGUAGGCGUCUCCCUGGAGGACGUCCUCUCUCCAUUCUCUCCAUCACAUCCAGCCCCACCCUCCGACCCUUCCCACCAGACAAGCCCAGACCCAACUUGGGAUAUCAAAAGGGAACACGACGUUAGGAAACCAAAGGAGCUUUCAGCCGGCAGCCAGAAGAAGCAGCGCCUUGGGGAUCAGAGCGAGCGCUCGGCCAGCCCGCAGAGGGCCGUGCAACCAGGGUUCGAGGAGGCGCCUGGCGGCCAGGGGCAGCCUGAGGCCGGCAGGCCCUCCUCGGAGACCAGGGCGCCUGGGCCAGCAGUGGCCGAAGCGGCGCGGGCCGGCAACAAGGAUGGGCUGCAGGCCACGGCGGGCUCCGAGCUCGGCCGGCAUGGAGGCCCCGGCGCGGCACCUGCGUUCGUGGGCCCGGGCCGCGGCGGGGGCGCACGGGAGGUCGAGGGCCGGGCGGGGGCGCGGGCGGGGUCCAGGCAGGGCGCGCGGCCCCCCGGGGGCGCCCCUGCGCGCAAGGCUGCCGUGGCGCCCGGGCCGUGGAAGGUGCCAGGCUCCGACAAGCUGCCGGGCGUCCCCAAACCCGGCGCCUCAGCCCCGGGGAGAUGAGCCCGCCGCCCCGCCUCAAUACCUGCAG